ACUCUCUCUGUCCCUCUCUUUCACAGUCAUUAAUCUCUCUCAAAGCCAAAAUAAUGAAAUGCUGAACUCAUGAAGAGUAGCUCGUAUCCCUGUCUCAGCUCAACCCAGAUAGCAAGCGAAGACGGGAGGGCUUAAGGGGGAAACGACUACCGGGGAGGGGGGCGAGCGAGGGGCUAUUCUCUGUUUUCAAACAUAGAGUUGCUGUACAGAAGAUCCCAACAGCUCUGAGUCCUAGUGAGGGGCCCACUGUCUUUGGGCGAGCUGUGUGAACUGAGAGUACCACCGAGCAGCAAGCAUGUCUAAGAGCGAUCCCCGAGACAUUGACGAGGAUGCCAUCCUCAGGGGCCUCAGCGCCGAAGAGCUGGACAAGCUGGAGUAUGAACUACAGGAGAUGGACCCUGAGAAUGCCAUGCUUCCAGCCGGGUUCCGUCAGCGUGACCAGACCAAGAAAAGUCCCACAGGCCACUUUGAUCGCUUCGCCCUGAUGGAUUUUCUGGAGAAGCAGGCCAUGGAACACAAGGACAGAGAAGACCUGGUGCCCUUUACACGGGAGAAGAGAGGAAAGUCCUUUGUCCCUAAACCAGGAUCAGGACAAAUCUCUGCGGAGGAACAGAUCACUCUGGAACCUGAGCUGGAGGAAGCACUGAAGAACGCAACAGAUGCUGAAAUGUGUGACAUUGCAGCCAUCCUGGGAAUGUACACACUCAUGAGCAACAAGCAGUAUUAUGAUGCCCUGAACACCACUGGCAAGAUUGCCAACACAGAAGGCAUCAACAGUGUGGUGAAACCAGAUGUGUAUAAGAUCUAUCCCGACGAGCCUCCUAAUGACACAGAUUUGGAGGACACUCUCCGCUGCAUCCAGAAAAAUGACAAUAGGCAGACAGAGGUCAACCUCAACAACAUCCCGGCUAUAGCUGAGAUGUUACAGUCCAACACUACCCUGCAGAGCCUCAACAUUGAGUCCAACUUCAUUACUGCACAAGGCAUGAUGGCCAUCGUCAAGGCACUGCGAGAAAACUCCACUCUGACUGAGAUUAAGAUCGACAACCAAAGACAGAAACUGGGCGACUCAGUUGAGAUGGAGAUUGCAACCAUGUUGGAGAACAACCCCAGCAUCAUAAAAAUUGGUUAUCACUUCAUUCAGCAGGGCCCACGUGCAAGGGCUGCAAUGGCCAUCACCAGAAACAAUGAUAUCCUUCGUCAGCAGAGAGUAAGGUGAAAAGAGGAUGGAGUUUAGUUCAUUUAGGAGAUCUCAAAGUUCUCCAUGUGCACUCUUGGAGUCCUACAGACGCUCCAGUAACAGCCAGGACAACCCCUACAGAUGACCCUGAUAUGCUUUUACCAUUCGCCAUCGGCCAUUGUGGAUAUCAUUAUUGCCAGCUUGAUAAGACUUCAUUGCUUUCUGUGGAUUUCAUCAAAUCAAAAGCUCUGAUCUAAUAAAAUCGACCUGCCCCUUAAUACCUGCAAACUUGAAAAA